AUGCGGUGUAGCAUUCCGGUAAACAACGGACAACUUGGUGAUCCAUGUCCGGAUACGGAAAAAUAUCUGGAUGUGGAAUUCAAAUGCAGCAAAAAGCCAGAUAUUGUAAAGGCAACAAUAAGUACAUCAACGGCAACAACAUUCAAUACAAUAGCAGCUACUAAUCAAACAUUAUCGAUAAUUGAUUUAAUGGAAUCAUCGAUAGGAAUCGAAUUUACGACGAUAAAAUUGUCAGACAAUGAUGGCAAACAAUUAUUUUGUGAUGCGAUAACGGAACGUGACAUUGAUUGGGCACAAACAGAAUUUGGCAUGAUAGCACGUGUUCCAUGUCCAAUUGGAUCAACAGGUUAUGCGGAAUGGAUGUGUGGAUCGGAUGGACAUUGGCAAUCAGAUGGACCGGAUUUAUCACGUUGUAUUAGUACAUGGAGUAAAGGAUUACUUUUGGAUGCGGAAGAAGUUGAUAAUCCAGUAUAUCGAUUGGAAUUUCUACAUGAAAUUCAACAACGAACACGGCGUGAAUCAUUAAUUGGUGGUGAUCUAAUCGCCCUUUCACGUGCUCUAAAAUUAUUAAUUCCAAUUACAAUAUAUGAGAGUGAUGCGGAUAAAUUUGUUGAAUUGGUUGUGGAAAGUGUCAAUAAUAUUGCAAAAGAAUCUCAAAUAUUAGCAUGGAAUGAUUUGAAAGGUGUCAAACGACGUGUGGUAGCUGAUCAAUUGAUGAGUGUUGUUGAUCAAGUAUCUAUGACGAUCAGUGCAUUAAUCACUCCCGAUACACCACGGAUUAUCAUGAAACCCAAUGCUGAUGUUGAACUUGAAAUAUCAGCUGUUCGGGUGCAUGAUUAUGUUGCUUUUCCAAGUACCAGUUUGUAUCGGACAACCGACGAUACGAUUAAUAUUCCACAAGAGGCCUUGACCUUGCGCAAUAAUGCUAUCGAUGAAGCUAAAAUCCUUUAUGUGGCAUAUUCAUCAAUUGGCAAAUAUCUACAACCUGAACCACGUCAAACUGCGGAUGGUACCAUGGUACCACGACAAAUUGCAUCAAAAAUAGUUUCAUUAUCAAUAAUAAAUAGCGAUAACAAAAUUGAAACGAUUGAUCAUCUUCGUAAACCAGUCAUUAUUACAUUUUCAAUAGAGGACCGAGUAAACCUUUCUAUGCCACAAUGCGUUUGGUGGAAUCGUACACGUUUGCAGUGGUCAUCAUAUGGUUGUACGGUCAGUUUACAUAAUGCAACCCAUACCAUUUGUCAUUGCAAUCAUUUGACUUAUUUUGCUGUCCUCAUGGAUGUCCAUUAUCAAGAGCUUCCCAUUGGACAUAAUAUAGCAUUAACAUUUCUAACUUAUGCCGGUUGCACUAUAUCAAUAAUAUGCCUUUUGCUAUCGCUCUUUGUAUUUCAAUGCUUUGGUACCAGUGGUGGUGAUCGAAUUUUUAUCCAUAAAAAUCUCUGCUUCUCAUUGCUAAUAGCUGAAGCGCUCUUUCUUGGCGGAUUCCCAUUAUCAGUUGUUGCUAUAUCGAUAUGGUUUGAUCGAUUUAGCUACGGUACCGAACGAUACUGUUGGCUACGAUCUGAUAAUUACUUCAUUCUAGCAUUUAUUGGACCGGUAGUUAUCAUUCUACUCUGUAAUACAGUCUUCCUCGUGAUGACAUUAUUUAUUGUUUGUAGUCAUUCCAGUAUCGGUUAUACACCAUGUAAACAGGAUCGUAAUGCAUUGAGAAAUGUUCGAAAGUGGCUAAAAGGAUCGAUAGCAUUAGUUACCAUAUUAGGUCUCAACUGGAUUUUUGGCUUUUUAUGGGUCGAUGAGCAAUCAAUUGUUAUGGCCUAUGCAUUUACCAUUAUGAAUUCUCUUCAAGGAUUGUUUAUAUUUCUGUUUCAUGUUAUUUUCAAUGAUCGAUUGCAUAAAGAUUACCGGAAAUGGAUGAAACAUGUAUCCUGGGUACCGAAUUGCAUGCGUGAUGAUUCAAGUCAUACGUCACGUACGAUGCCAUAUUUAUCGACAAACACGAGCAAAACCGGUCAAGCAGUUAGUUCAAGUUCAUCAACAGCUUCUGAACUAUUGAGAUUUACCAAAUCUUUUGGUGGCAAAAGCGAUGAGUAUUCACCAUUAUUGGCUAGUCAACGGACUGGUUUAAUUCAUGAACAAAUCCAUUAUCCUUCAAUGAGCGAAAAAUAUCCAGCAUUACCAGCACCACGUAUGGUCGCUGCAAUUGAUCCCCGUUACAAUAAUUCGGUACAAAUGCUUCUGGCACGACAGUGUUGUAAUUCAAAUGGAUUAUGUGAUUAUGCAACGAUUAGCUACGACGAUCUCUGUACCUCAUCAUCCAAUUACUAUCAUCAACCACAACAAAAUCAAUAUUAUUUAAAUUGUAUGACACCUGUAACAUUUGUACCAAAUGCUAAUCUUUCCUCCACCACUACCAUUCCUCCUGAAUUGAGAACACUUCAUUUUAGGCCACCGCCUAAUUUUCCACCACCGCCACCACCACCACCACCGCCAUCACCUCCACCACAACCUUCAUCAACUUCACUUCUUCCUAGCACUCAUCAUUCAACCACACCAAUCUCAGCUGCUUCUAUUGCUCGGGUAUCGGAUGAUUCGGCGUAUAGCGAUAGUUCUGCAUCAACCUUACAAUGUCACGGUGAAGUGAUAACAAAUCGAUCGGGAAUGUUGCUACGCAUGGAUUUAUCCAAAAAUCCGCCCGUUUUCGUGCAAGGCCUAUGA